AUGGAUGAUGAUAUGUUUUGGGUAAUGCUAUCAGACUAUCCAGAUAGUAACGAUGAUGUUGUCGAACCACCUGGUUGUCAGAUUAAUAAAUUUUCGGAGGCCGAAUUUUAUAGAGAACGUAUAAGAAGGACUGAACAACUUCAUCGUGAUCAACGAGAAAAACUUUUGAAUAGCUUUGCAGAAGAACGACGAUCUCAUCGAUUAGAAUUUUUUCGAAUGAUUGAUCAUGAUUAUUUGGCGGAUGUAAGAGAGGGAAUUAAUCCACUUCGCACGAUGGAUUUAUGUCCAUCAGUGUCAAUGAUUCUCUAUGGUAGCAAUAAAUCAGACAAUGGAUCGAUGGAGAACGUUCAAGAAGUUGAAGGUGGUUUGAAUAAUGCAAUUGCAAGAUUAUUAAUAUCUGGCGAAGAUCGAGCACGUCUAACUAUUCAAGAUAUAUUGGUUCAAUACAGAGCAGAACAAGAAUUUAUCAGAGAAAGACAGCUAGCAAAAUUAAAAGAUUUGAAAAAAUAUCAAAGUCAAGUAAUGAAUAAUUUGCGCAGUCAUAUUAAAGACGAUAUCCCAGUCCCCGCACCAUCUAAUGCUAACGCUAAUACACCUGAAGUUGCUGAAUUUUGGAAUGCGUUUGUAAGUCACCUUCAACCUGGUACCAGCCAACAACAGGCUGCUACCUUAUUAAGCAUAAUUGCAGCUAUGGCAAAUCAGCAACCUUUUAAUGGCGCCAAUAAUCAACAACCUUUUGGCGCCAAUAAUCAGCAAUCUAAUAAUAAGCAACCUUUUAAUGGCGCCAAUAAUCAGCAACCUUUUAGUGGUGUCAAUAAUCAGCAACCUCUUAGUGGUGCCAAUAAUCAGAAACCUUUUAGUGAUGUCAAUAAUCAGAAACCUUUUAAUGGUGUCAAUAAUCAGAAACCUUUUAGUGGUGUCAAUAAUCGACAACCUUUUAAUGGUGGUGUUGGCGGAAAUGGAUAG